AUGCAGCAAUAUGAGGCGCGCCGCGAGUGCGUGCAGCAGCUGGCGGCGCGCGUGUCGUGCGCGGCGACGGGCGUGGCGCGCGCGCUGUCCCGCGCCCUGCAGCGCGCGCCCGACGUGCGGCUCGACACGCAGACGCUGGCCGACGUGGCGCACACCGUGCGCGCCGUCAAGCCGCUCGUCUGCUGGCUCGACAGGUUGUACGGUCCGCGUCCUCACUGGCAGCUGCAGCGGCGCCAUACCGUGGCCGGCGCCAGCCCCGCCUCGCAGCCCACCGACAUAGCCAUCCACCAGUUCUGGCGACAGUUGCGCGAGCACAAGUGGGGCCGCGGGGACUCCCCGCUUCCCAGCGACGCCCUCUACCGGCGAGAUAAGGCGGUGUCGUGCAGCACCGGGCUGCAGCUGUCGCCCCGCCCCCCCGCCCCCGCGGCGGGCGCGCCCCCCCCGGCGCCCCCCCCGUGCCCCCCCGGCGCCCCCGCCGCCCCCCCGCCCCACCCCGCGCCUCCCUCCGCGGAGCCCCCCGCGCCCGCGCCCGCGCCGCCCCCCCGCGGCCGACUAGACAAGGCUCAGUCUACGCCCGCAUACGAAGGGGAGGACACCGGCGUCGCUCUGCCAGCCUCCGCCACUACUCUCCAUACGCCCGCGUCUAACGCUGACAGUCCCACAAUCUUGGUCCACUCAGCAGAGAAAGCGGACCAGAUCUUGGAGUUCAAGAAGUCCAGCAGCCAGAUAGGAGAGGCGAUCCUACAGCAACGGAAACGAAACGAUGACAAAGAGAAAGUGCUGGAAGCCAUCAACAUCGCUGUUACGGAGCUCAGGCGAAGAUCUACGUUACAUGAGAAUAGCAGCGAUACUGUUGUGAUUAAUCAAACAAGCUUACACGUGGGACCUUCUAGGUAAGUUUAAACUUUAACCCCUAUGCUGUGUAAGUGGAUGAUUUC